AUGGACUGGGAUCCACGGAGAUCACAGCCGCUGACGUGGCACUACACUGCUAGCUCCGUUCUCAGAUACAACGUGCGUUUUCUGAAUAUAUCUGGUCUGUGGCCACUGCAAGGCUUGCAACUAUUUCGCAUCCUUAUUGCCAUCAUAGUCACACUGUGCUUGGGUCACAUUGCCGAAGCCGGCAUCAACCUGUGCACACUGCGAGGGGAGCUGGAAGACUACACACUGGCGCUGUCCAACGUGUCGGUGAUAAUAGUCGGCGUGCUCAAGGUGGCGAUCUUCCUCCGUAACGAGGGCAGUUUCUGUUUCCUGGUGCGCUGGUUGGACGCGCUGGUGGAGCGCCAGGGAGAGUACGUGCGCGACCAGCCGUCGCGCGAGGCAAUCUUCAGGGAGGCUCGCCAACGCGCCAGUCGCAUCUCCAAAGGUCUGGACGCGUACAACCUCUCCCUGCUCACCCUGUGGACCGUUGCACCACUGAUCGCUUCCUCUGGCGACAAGAGACUGCCCUUCCAGCAGCUGCCCAUGGCGAAUACGACAACCUUCCCACUGUACGAACUGUCCUACGCCUUACAGGGCACCUCCGUCAUAAUCAUUUGUUUAAUCAACGUGCAUUUGGACUGCUUCUUUACAGCAGUUAUGAUUCUCAUCGGAGCUCAGUUGAAAUUAGUGGGCUCGCGAAUCGCUGAUUUGCAUCCGCGAAACGUAGCAGUGAAGAAUGAUUCGAUAAUUGAUGGCCUCUACAAGGAUUUAUGUCUCUGUAUCCAGACUCACCAGGAUAUCACAAGGUAUAUAUAA